AUGGUGACCAAUUCCAGGGCCGUUGUGUUGGUUCUAUUAUCUGCCGCUCUUCUCGUGUUCAUUCUGAUUCUCUGCUUUCACCGGCCAGACUAUGAAGUCUACGUCGUUUCGUCCGAAGAGAUCACCAAGAAACCCGUCGUCGACAACGCUUCGUACAUCAGUUUGCGACUGCGGAACGACAUGGAUGUCAUCAUCGCAUCGGACCCCUCCCUGGAAGACGCGGAGGUCGCGCUCUGCGUCAAAGUGGGCUCCUGGUCCGAUCCGGUGGAACUCCAGGGAUUGGCGCAUUUCACCGAGCACGUAUUGUUUCUCGGGAAUAAGAAGUAUCCCGGACAUGGCGACUUCAUCAGUCAUAUACAGAGCAACGGUGGUACUCUGAAUGCUCGCACGGGGAAAGAGCGAACCUGUUACUUCUUUAGUAUCGAUCCCGAUCACCUCGGGACGGCCAUGGACAUGUUUGGGUGGAUGAUGAAGGAGCCUCUGAUCAAAAGUGAAACUGUUAUGAGUGAAUUGCAGAACGUGGAUAGUGAAUACAAGCGGCUAAUGAACCAGGAUGGUCGACGUGUGGAGGCGGUCGACAGUGAGACUUCGGACCCGGACCAUCCCCAACGGAUGUUUGAUUGCGGCUCGUCCCACAACAUGAUGCAGGGAGUCGAAAUUUUGAAGUCCCCGCUUCACGUAGAAAUGCGCAAAUUCUACGACAGGUACUAUUCGUCGAAUAGCAUGGCCCUCGGGGUGCGAGGACCUUUUGACACCGAGACCCUGAAGAGACUUGCGAUCAAAAAUUUCCACGACGUGAAAAAUACACGAAUCCGAAAGGAUCCGUGGCCCAGUCCGUACCGGAACACUAGCGGGAAGGAGAUUCUUGUGAUGGCUGUUCGAGACGUGGAUGAUCUGUACAUCAGGUUCUCGCUGUCGAACGUUACGACGGCCAGUCAGACGGCGUUCCUCAAAAUGAUUCUCCGAAGUGAGCAUUCGGGCGGUCUCGUGAAGAAAAUCAAGGAUCAUCUGUGGAUAUCUACUCUUUCGAUAUACGACGAGAACUACGCUGGCAGCACCACGAUGUCCAUCGAGUUCCACUUGACGAAGGAAGGCCUGAAGAACCGAAACAAAAUCGUCGAGAUCACGUUCGCCUAUUUGAAUUUCUUGCGGAGCAGGACCAGGGAGGAAUUUCAAUUGGUAUUCUCCGACCUCCGCGCUGUGGAGGAACUGGAAUUCAAGUUCUUCAGCACGAAGGAGCUCCGGAAGACGCGGCGUGACUAUGUGUAUAUUCUGGAUCUCGUGGAAAACCGCAUGACCUACGAUAUCGAUCAUGUCAUUUCGGGGUCUCGAUUACUCGGCGACUUCCAGUACGAGAACUUGCUCUACAUCCUAUCGCAACUGAAACCGGAAAAUUGCCGAGUAUUGGCCGUCUCCCAGUCGUUCGCCAACGAAACGGACAAGGUUGAGAAGUACUAUCACGCCCAAUACAAAGUGCGUGACAUUUUACCGCAAACGAUGCGACUCUGGUCGGCCGCGCAGGAUCAGUUCUCCUUACCGCAGAAAAAUCCCCUGGUUCCCCGGGAGGCGCGCGUCGUUGAUAUCGACCCUGCGUAUAGCGAGAAACCCGUCCUCAUAGCCAAUCGGAGUCUAUCCAGGCUGUGGCUGUUGCAAACAGAUUUCGGAGUCCCGAAAGCGGACGUUACGGUGUAUUGGAAGAGCUCGAUCGACGGCCCGGAUUCGAAGGCAGGAAUCAUAGCAGAACUGAUUUUGCGCGCUUUCCAGCGGUCCCUGAGCGAUAAACUUUACAUGGCAAAGGACAGUGGAAUCAACGUGAGAUCGUCUCUGAAAGCGAAGAGCUCCUUCGGCAAUUAUGGUUCGCUGAUGUUCUCAUUCAACGCUUACAGCUCAGUCCUGCCGGGAGUAAUCAAGCUGGUCUUCAGGCACUUCAAUGAUUUCACCCUCGAUGUCAAAACUCUCGGUGUCAUCAAAGAUUUCUAUCGGAUUUCCCUCGCCGAUUCCGAGCUCUAUUCGACUGUGGAGCACGGCAACAUUCAGGAGCGGCUCCUUCUCAAAUCGAAUUUGACCACUAAGAAAUUGAAGAUCCAACUCCUCGACACAAUCAAUCUGGAAGACGUCCGGAGUCUCCUCACAACCGUGAGGGAGCCCCGUCUUGUCAAAGUAUUCGUCUCGGGGAAUAUCCGGAGGGAGACUGCCGAGGAAAUGUUCGACGUGAUCGCUCCGAGGAGCAGUAAGGAUGUCUAUCAGGCCAGUUGCGAAGACUUACCGCGAAAGUACCAGCUCCCGCCUGGAAGCAUAUUUUACUACGUGGGAUAUGACGAAAACCAAUCGCAGAGGUCCGUGACUACCUACCACGAAAUAGGACCCAGCUCGGUCGAUAAUGAGGUUGUGUUACGAGAGCUUCUGGUACACAUUGCCAGUCCCGAGGCAUUCAAUGUUUUGCGAACCAAAGAACAAUUGGGAUACGGCGCCGGUGUGAUUUCGACUCAAGACUCCAGGUCGCAUGGCCUCAUGACGUAUGUCGAGACCAAGAACGAUACUCAGUAUGUCACGGAUCGGGUCUUCAACUUCAUGAAGGUCUAUUUGAAAGACUACAUACGGGGCAUGACUCGAGCACAGUUCAAUCAGCAUCGUUCGGCAGUUCUCCUGAAGAAGCUCCACAAGCCGAUCAAACGUGUCGAAAGAUUGGGAGCGGAACUCUUGGACUGCAACUGUGACUACACGAGGGAAAAACGCUAUGCUGAGAUUUUGAGCCAAUUGACGGUCGAUGACGUCGCAGAAUUCCACCAGAAAUACGUCGUAGACAACCGAUCAUCAAAAGUAAUUGUCACCGUCAUCGAGAAAGAAGACGGGACUGCUCAGAUAGGACGAGGGCUGCCAUCUCAACCCGAGGAGGUUUACACGAACAUUGCCGAUUUCCAGAAAGAGUUGCAAUUGCUGCCCGCGAUAGGCAACACCUGCCGGUAG